GAAGGAGCAGGACCUGCUGCAGGCGGUGAAGACCGGAGACCUGCAGUCGGCCCAGAAGCUGCUCUCCAAGCUCAAGGCCAACAGGACCAGUCUCACUGGUCUGCUGGUCCACUGGUCUGCUGGUCUACUGGUCUGCUGGUCUACUGGUCUACUGGUCUCACUGGUCUGCUGGUCUACUGGUCUCACUGGUCUGCUGGUCUACUGGUCCGCUGGUCUACUGGUCUGCUGGUCUACUGGUCUCACUGGUCUGCUGGUCUACUGGUCUCACUGGUCUGCUGGUCUACUGGUCCACUGGUCUGCUGGUCUACUGGUCUCACUGGUCUACUGGUCUGCUGGUCUACUGGUCUCACUGGUCUACUGGUCUGCUGGUCUACUGGUCUGCUGGUCCACUGGUAUGCUGGUCUACUGGUCCACUGGUAUACUGGUCUGCUGGUCUACUGGUAUACUGGUCUGCUGGUCUACUGGUCUGCUGGUCCACUGGUAUACUGGUCUGCUGGUCUACUGGUCCACUGGUUUGCUGGUCUACUGGUCCACUGGUAAACUGGUCCACUGGUCUGCUGGUCUACUGGUCCACUGGUAAACUGGUCCACUGGUCUACUGGUAUACUGGUCCACUGGUCUGCUGGUCUGCUGGUCUACUGGUCUACUGGUCCACUGGUCUGCUGGUAAACUGGUCCACUGGUCUGCUGGUCUACUGGUCUCAGUCUGCUGCUCGUCUCUCUUGAGGAACCGGUCUGGAGUCAGGUUCCAUGGGGGGUCGAAGAGCUGCUGGGCUCCACCAAGAGGCUGAACGUCAACUACCAGGACUCAGACGGGUUCUCCGCCCUGCACCAUGCCGCCCUCACAGGGACCAGCGAGCUGCUGUCGGUGCUGCUGGAGGCUCAGGCCUCCGUGGACGUCAAGGACAGCAACGGGAUGCGUCCGCUGCACUACGCCGCCUGGCAGGGGAAAGCCGAGUCGGUCCUGAUGCUGCUGAGGUCCGGAUCCUCCGUGAACGGGGUCUCCCUGGACGGCCACAUCCCCCUGCACCUGGCAGCCCAGUACGGGCACUACCAAGUGUCUGAGAUGCUGCUGCAGCACCAGUCCAACCCCUGUCUGGUCAACAAGGCCAAGAAGACUCCUCUGGACCUGGCCUGUGAGUUCGGGAGAGUGCAGGUGUCCCAGCUGCUGCUCAGCAGCAACAUGGUGGUCUCCCUGCUGGAGGGGGAGAGGAAGGAGCCCACGGACUCGGCCUUCACGACUCCGCUUCACCUGGCGGCCCGGAACGGACACAAAGACAUCAUCCGGACCCAGGACCUUCUGGUCUCUUGCAGUCUGCUCCUGGCUGCCGGCAUCGACAUCAACAAGACCACCAAGUCUGGAACGGCUCUCCAUGAAGCGUCUCUGUACGGGAAGACGGAGGUGGUCCGCCUGCUGCUGGACGCCGGCGUGGACGUGACCACCAGGAACACGUACAACCAGACGGCGCUGGACAUCGUCAACCAGUUCACCACCACGCACGCCAGCAGAGACAUCAAGACGCUGCUGAGAGAUGCGACGGGGGUCCUGCAGGUCCGGGCUCUGAAGGACUACUGGAACCUCCACGACCCCACAGCCCUGAACAUCCGGGCCGGAGACGUGAUCACGGUGUUGGAGCAGCACGCGGACGGCCGCUGGAAGGGCCACAUCCACGACCCGCAGCGCGGCACGGACCGCGUGGGCUCCUUCCCCCCCGCCGUGGUGGAGGUGCUGCGCCGGCGGAGCGGGGGCGCUCUCUCCCGGCACGCCUCCCUGCCCGCCCAGCGCCAGCCCUCCAGAGCCCCCCUCUCCUCCAGCCUGAGCUCCGCCCCCGAGGACUACGCCCUGUACGGCCCCCCCACCCACGUGGUGCUGCCGCUCGCCCACGGCCCCUCCACCACAGCUGGAGACCGGAGCAGCGUGGGCAGCACCGGCAGCGUCGGCAGCACCCGCAGCGCCGGCAGCGGGCAGAGCACCGAGAGCAGCGGCCCCCCCCAGGACAGGCCGGCGCCCUCUGCUGGUGACCCCGGACCCUCAGACUGCAGCCGGCAGCCCGACCCCCCUGGUGGAGCCCCCCGGAGGCAGCCGGUGGUGGUGCAGCGGCCUGCAGAGCAGAACUUCCCCCAGCAGUGUGUUCAUCCUCAGCAGCUCCUGGAGGGAAAGGAUGCCGAGGCCAUCUAUCAGUGGCUCUCUGACUUCCAGCUGGAGCAGUACAUCGGGAACUUCAUCAGCGCCGGUUACGACUUCCCGACCAUCAGCCGGAUGACCCCCGAGGACCUGACGGCCAUCGGAGUGACCAAGCCAGGCCACCGCAAGAAGAUCUCCAUGGAGAUCAACAACCUGGACAUCCCCGAGUGGCUGCCCGAGUACAUCCCGGUAAGACUCCCGGCACCUCGCCGCUCCCGGACUCCGUGGCGCCGACUGUCCGUUCUUCUUCCUCAGGCGGACCUGGGCGAGUGGCUCGGCGCCAUCGGCCUCCCGCAGUACCACCAGAAGCUCUCGGAGAACGGCUACGACUCCAUCGGCAUCGUCAGGGACCUCACGUGGGAGGACCUGCAGGAGAUCGGCAUCAUGCAGCUGGGCCACCAGAAGAAGUUGAUGCUGGCGGUGAGGAAGCUGUGUGACCUCCAGAGGGCGAUCCUUCAGGCCGAGUCAGGACACGGCACGCUGCGCCGCAAAGCCGCCGGCGCCCUCCGCCUGGUCGCCAUCGAGCCGCCGGACUCCUCCCCUCACACCCCGAAGAUGACGACCUUCCAGGACAGCGAGCUGAGCGCCGAGCUGCAGACGGCCAUGUGCAGCCACUCCGGAGGCUGCGAGGAAGGCUCGGCCAUCGGGAACGCCGUGGGACUGUCCCGGAGCCGGGAGAGCCUGGAGGGCAGCCCCGAGGGCUGGGAGCAGAGACCUCUCAGUGGCUCUCGGUCCCCUCACGGCUCCCCGGCGCUGAAGGGUUUCAGAUACCUGCAUUCCCACUGCGGCUCCACGGACCUGAGCCCGUCUCCCAGGCACAAGAACCGCAGCAUGACCCUGAUGCCGGCCAAGAGGCGCGUCCAGGGCGCGACCCGCUACGCCCUGUCGGACGGGGAGCCCGACGAGGACGAGGAGGAGGAGCCGGCGUCCCGCCACGGGAACCUCUCCUCGUACGCCACCUUGACCCGCAAACCCGGCCGCAGCCAGCUGGCUCGGCUGCGGUCCGGUCCGGAGAAGACCGGCAGCGUGGGACGCAGUCAGUCCUUUGCGGUGCGCGCCCGUAGAAAGGGUCCCCCACCUCCUCCGCCCAAGAGACUGAGCUCGGUGAGCAGCACCACCAGCGGGGAGCUGAGCGACGGCAGCACCUCCUCGUCUCCGGGCGGCGUGACGACCGGCAGUCCGGUGAGCGUGAGGAGCAUCGCGGCGUCUCUGGAAGGGAUCAACCCCCCGGGCCCUAAACCAGUCCCGGACCAGCCUCCCCCCGCCCUCACCCCUGCGGGGCGGGAGCCGAGAGGCGCCGCCGGGCCGAGGAGGAGGGCGCAGAGCGAACGCGUUCCCGACCGGACCGGCGGCGCCGAGCCCGGACGAGGCGUGAAGUCUGACUCCGAGGAAGAAGAACCAGGAGCUGGUGGGCUGGACUCGUCCCCUCAGAACAGCUCCAGCGAGUGCAUCCCCUUCGCGGAGGAGGGCAACCUGACCAUCAAGCAGAGGCCCAAAGCCCCGGGGCCCCCCAGGGCCGAGGCGGCGCUCGAGCCCCCGGAGAAACACGCCGCCGGGAGCCCCGAGGUGCCCGAGUUCAACCUGAAGGAGUCGGACACGGUGAAGCGCCGAUACAAGCCCCGGGACAAGGAGCAGGGAGGAGGCUCGCCCUGCGGGGAGGGGCCGGGGGGGGCCGGGUCCAGCAGCCGGCCCCCGAGCCAGGAGGACUCCAGUCUGAGGGUCAGCGAGCUCGGCCUGGAGAGGCCGGCCGGUCCGGCAGCCGGGUCCCCCGUCAGGCCGCCGCUCUCCCCAAAACCGUCCGUCGCCCCCAAACCUGUACGGCACAGCCUGCUGGCGGCACACGCAGCUGGCCCCUCCUCUCCCUCGGUGGCCAUCAGUGUGGUUCAAAGUGUGACCUUCAGCUCUCCGUCCUGCCCCGUCUUCGGGCCCCGGGCUCCGGCCCCUCAGGCCCCUCAGAGUCCCUCUCUGGCGGCAGCCAGGCCCCAGGUGUGCGUGGUGGACCCGGGCUGCGGUCCAGAGUCUUCCUGUGGGACUGAGGUGGUUCAGCAGAGACUGGAUCAGACCAGCACGUCUCUGGCAGCGGCUCUGAAGGCUGUUGAGAGAAAGCUGGAGGACAACUCAGACGGCGGAUCGGCGGUGAAGUCCGCCGGGACGAUUCUGGACGACAUCGGCAACAUGUUUGACGACCUCGCCGACCAGCUGGACGCCAUGUUGGAGUGAACCCCCCCCCCUCCCCCCCAAACAAUCAUCCUCAAACUCAGUAAACAGAGAAGAGGAAGAGGAGGGUGAAGAUGUUCAGGUGAUGAACUUCAUCUCUGAGGAAGAGUAUCAACACCAAUAUUGCUCCAUGAAGUUUGAUCUUCCUGAAGUCCACAUGAGGUCCUUGUUUCUCCUUCGUGAUACUGAGAGGUCGUGACUGAACGUCACAGAUUCAGAUUAUGAAUCCACUGAGAAGUGUUAAUGCAGAUUAUAGACACACUAAAGUGAGCUCCACCUUUAAAGUGAUCAAUAAUUACUCACAGAUAUGACUCUGCAUGAUGAGGACUUUUUCUUUUUAUACUCAGUUUAUUUAGAUGCCGAUACUGUUAUGCUUUUUAUUGAAGUUAAAGAUUAAAUGCAAGAAUAUUUUUGUUUUACGUCACAAGAAACAAAUUAAAAAGCAUGAACGUUU